ACAUGCAUGCAUAUAGUUUGUAUAUAAAUAUAUAAUAAUAUAAAUAAAAAAAAAACACAACUAAUCAAACAAACAUAGUUAUGUACUCUUCCUCUCUUUACAACAUGGUUUAUGACUUCUCAGUAGUAGUGUUUCUGGUGGCUAUGCUAGUUAUAGCAGCACAACCAGCUGUUACUACUACGAGAUAUCAUGAACAUGAUCGCGAUGAUCAUGUUCGUGAUAAUCUUAAUAAGUCAUCAGUGACACAACAAGUAUCUCCUCAAACACAAGAGACGAUAGACAAAAUUUGCUAUCGAGUUGAGGAAUACGGGUUUUGCAAUCAAGCCUUCAACGAGAACCUUCCAUCGCCGGACACAGACCUUGUGGGUCUGACCCGAAUAACCAUAGACCUAUCCACCCUCAAUGCCACUAACACACUCGAUUUCGUGCAGCGUCUGCUGGCGAACACCACCGAUUCGGGGCAAAAGAGUGCACUUGAAGCGUGUGAGGACGGGUACAACGUUGUUUUGAGAUGUUUUGAAGAUGCAAAGGUUGAUUUCAAUAUGAAGGAUUAUAGAAGCGUGGCAUUGGAUGAAUAUGUGGCGCCUAGAGCUGUGGGAAACUGUGUGGUUAACAUUCCUCCUUUUAAUGAAGAAUUGUAUGAGAGGAAUCGAGAGAUGAGGAUUCUUAUAGCCAUGUCUUUGGUUACUGCCUAUACACUCGUCGAUAUACAGCCCUAAUUAUAAUAUAUAUAUCAUAAUGUACUGAUGAUUAUUAAUUUAUUACUACUACUACGUGCACUGUCGUCGUUGUUCUGAUAAUAAUGUCUAUUAAUAUUAAUAUAAAGACAACAUUUUUACGUAACCACACUUAUGAAAGAAUAACAUAUCAAGUAUUCAUCAUUUUUGUUUUAUUUCAAUUUCAAAUUAUCUCAAAGUUAACU